CGUGGGGUAUGUUCUAGACUGUGAUUAAGAAUAUCCCCGCGAAUUGUAUCGCAUUGAUCAAACCUUACCCGUUGCGCCCACCAAAGAGAGCAUCCCCUACGACCAGUUCUCCCCCUACCACAAAGACCUUCUUAAAAAAAUGGGGAACAAAAUGAAAAAAUCUACGGGAACCAAACUGUUUUCGACGUUAAAAAAUAAGAGUCACUAUAUCAUUCAUUUUUCCACUUUACAGUUCUACCUGCAAUUGGGCCUGAAACUCGUCAAAAUUCACAAAGUAUUAACAUUCAUUCAAGAUCCAUGGAUGAAACCAUACAUUGAUUUUAAUACCCAAAAACGCAAAGAAGCCACGGACGAAUUUUCAAAAGAUCUGUUUAAAUUAUUAUCCAAUUCGGUCUAUGGAAAACAAUUGCAAAAUGUCAGAAAUUAUCAACAGGUAGAACUAAUCACAGACGAAAAGAGAUUGCGACGGUACACGGCAAAACCUAAUUUUAAAUCUGUUAAUAUCUUUUCGGAACAUUUGGUAGCCGUCAGCAUGGAAAAAGUGUCGGUCACACUAAAUCAACCCAUGUCCGUUGGCUUCACCAUUUUGGAACACGCCAAACGUAUUUUAUACGAUUUUCAUUACAAUGUCAUGCUAAAAGAAUAUGGAACUCGUUUAAAAGUACUCAUGACUGACACUGAUAGUUUAUUAUAUCAAAUCUCGGCUCCCGUGGGUAGACCAUUGAGAGACCCUUAUGAUUUCAUACACGCAAAUCUAUCUCUUUUUGACACGUCCAACUAUCCAAAAGACCACCCGCUCCAUUCUUCAGUCAGACACAAAGCUAUCAGUGUCAUGAAGGACGAAGCGGGGGGACAAAUCAUCAGGGAAUUUGUAGGGCUGCGAGCCAAAAAUUAUUCAUAUAUAGUGGACAAAACUGAAGGUGUAACGAAGGAAGAACUGAGAGCAAAGGGCAUUCAGAGAACAUUUAUUCGUAAGCAUCUUCAUCACGAGAUGUUCAAAGAUUGUCUUUUAAAACAUAAACAAACCACGGCCUCUUAUCAUCAGAUUAGAUCUUUUCAUAACGAAUUGUUCACCAUCAAAACCACGAAAAUAGCAUUGACGCCUUUGGAUGAUAAGAGAUACCUUUUAGACGAUGGCAUCGAAUCUAAGCCCUAUGGGUACAAUCCUCUGUAAUUGGUUAAAUAAUAAAAUGCACAAAGAAACAAUGUCCAUUUCUUGUCAGUAUUAAAUCAUUAAAAAUAACUUAUUCAAUAUUCCCCUUUUGUAGUAAUGUAUUUAGUUGUGUGCAUAGCAAACAGUGAUACAACCACCUGUGAUACCACUGCCUGUGAUCAAUCAUCUAUAAAGCGACCACCUGUAAUAUCAUUGAUAUAUUCCAAACGAAAGACAUAUUUCCCAUCUAUUACAACAGUGACAAGACUGGAUGUUCAGCGCUGAAAUGUCACAAAUUGUCUGCUAGAUCUGCAUUCACAAGACAGAGAAUGGGAAACCCCAAUGUUGCACGUCACGUCUCAUUUGUGUGAACAGAUACUUUUUAGCAUCACAAAAGUAGUGCGUUAUUGACAAACUAUACAGUGGGAUUUCUGUGAAUAGCUACUUAUAACAAACUUCAUAACGUGUAUGACAAAAAGAUACAUUUGGAUAAAUACGCUGCAGAGACACUAACAAGAUUAUGAAGAAAAAUAAAGGACACAUUGUUUCAACAUAUUUUUAUUCAUGUUUGAACUAUCUUGUUUAUAUGUGAUGAUGAUGGACAAGUCUUCAUUUAAACUUUUCAAGAGUUUUUUGUAUCUUCAUUGUUUUCUGUCCAGGUGGACCACUGACUGUU